AUGAUAUUAUUAUUAAUAAUAAUCUUUGGUAUACUUCUUAUUAUUGUAAAAUAUAUUUUACCUACUUUCAUUCGAUAUUUACAAUUAAAAAAAGAUUAUCAAAAUAUUUCAUUUCUUCCAUUUUCAUCUAUUCCAUUUGUUGGAAACUUACAUCUUAUUGAUCAUCGACCCUAUAUUUUCUUUCAAUUAAUGUGUCGAUUAUCACAUGAAUGUCAAAUUAAAGAAAAAGGUAUUUUUUGUCUCUGGUAUUCAUUAUCACCCGUGCUAUAUAUUUGCUCAGCGAAUGGAUUAGAAACAUUUAUCAAUAAUAGCAAACAACUUAUCAAAUCAUUUGAUUAUAUAUUUUUACAGCCAUGGCUUAAGACUGGCUUGGUAACAAGUAACAAUGAUAAAUGGCGUACUCGUCGUCGUCUUAUUACUCCUUCAUUUCAUAAUACGGAAUUAUUACAUGGUUAUAUGCAUAUAUUCAAUGAACAAUCAUUUAUUCUUGCUGAUCGUUUUAAUAAAUAUUCUGAACAAUCGUAUAAAACACAUGAUCUUUAUCCAUGUAUAUCUGCAUGUACACUUGAUAUUAUUGCUGAAGCUGCAACAGGUACACAUCUUAAAGCACAAUUAGAUGGUGAACAUAAUGAUUUUGUUCAAGCAACUGUUCGUAUUGGUGAUAUUAUAAACAAACGUUUACGAUCUCCAUGGUUAUGGCCAUCAUGUAUUUUUAAUCGAUUACCAAUUGGACGUGAACAUACAAAACUACUCAACAUUCUACAUAGCUUUUCUCGAAAGAUUAUUGAAGAACGUCUUGUUACAUUUAAUGCAAAACAAAUGAUCAAUAAUGAUGACGAUGAUGAUAAAAAAUGUACACAUCGUCUUGUAUUUCUUGAUUGUCUUCUCACUCAAAUGCAAGAAAAAAAACUUUCGUUUGAUGAUAUUCAUGAGGAAGUAGACACAUUCAUGUUUGCAGGUCAUGAUACAACUGCAGCAGCUAUUAAUUUCUUUUGUUAUCUAAUGGGGUGUUAUCCAGAUAUUCAAUCAAAAGUUCAUACUGAAAUGGAUAUGAUUUUUGAAAAUGAUCGAAAUAGACCAUGUACAAUUGAAGAUAUUGAACAAAUGACUUACCUUGAUUGUGUUAUAAAAGAAUGUAUGCGUAUUCUUCCACCAGUUCCAUUCAUAUCUCGGGAAGCACAAACAGAUUUCAUCUAUCGUAAUCAAAUAGUACGCAAAGGUACUACUGUAUCUAUUUUUAUAUACGGUAUUCAUCAUGAUGAAAGUGUAUUUCCUAAUCCAAAAACGUUUGAUCCAGAACGAUUUCUUGAUAAUUCUUUCAAUCAAAAUCAACAUUCACAUUAUGCAUUUAUUCCAUUUUCAGCUGGAUCUCGUAAUUGUAUUGGUCAACGCUUUGCUGGUCUUGAAGAAAGAGUUGUAUUGUCAACAUUAUUUCGGCAAUUCAUCUUUCGUUCUACUCAAACUAUUGAUCAAUUACAUUUGUCCAUGGAUGUUAUUCUACGACCUCAUGUUCCUAUUCAAAUGUUUAUCGAACGACGUUCAUUGUAG